GUCGCCUGAAACCGCGUGAGUUUUUUUAGUUGAUGAUUUUACAGAAUAAAAUCUGUUUAAUUUAGUUUGUUGAAUGCAGUAAACUUUAACAGUUUCGUAGUGAACUGCAGUUUCGACUUUGCUGUGACUUUGAGCAAAAAUAACGCCUCAGGGGAGGUAAUUCAUCAACAAAAUGGGAAUCGAUGAAAAUCUAUGGGAUACCGGCAACAAGAAUUAUAAAAAAGUUCAAAAAAAUUUAGAAGACAAAUGGAAGUUAGUUCCGGCAUUCCUGCAGGUUAAGGGCCUUGUGAAACAGCAUAUUGACUCGUUCAACUAUUUCAUCAAUGUAGACAUUAAAAACAUCGUGCGAGCCAAUGAUGAAGUGAAAAGUGAUGCCGACCCUUGUUUCUACUUGAAGUAUAUUAACGUUAAUAUUGGAAUACCGGAUGUUGAGGAAGGUUUCAACAACACCAAAACGACAACCCCUCACGAAUGUCGAUUGCGUGAUAUGACCUAUGCUGCACCUAUUACGGUAGACAUUGAAUAUACCAGAGGCACGCAGCGGGUUGUUCGAAAUAAUUUACUUAUUGGUCGGAUGCCUAUCAUGCUAAGAUCAUCGAACUGCGUCUUAACAGGUAAAUCGGAAUUCGAGCUGUCAAAAGUUAAUGAAUGUCCAAUGGAUCCGGGUGGUUAUUUUGUGAUUCGUGGCACAGAAAAAGUAAUUCUCAUUCAGGAGCAAAUCUCCUGGAACAAAAUGAUCACGGAAGACUAUAACAAUGUGAUCCAGUGUCAGGUCACCAGUUCUACUCAUGAGAAAAAAUCUCGAACAAUUCUACUCUCAAAACAGGGCAAGUACUAUUUGAAGCAUAAUUCGAUGACCGAAGAGAUUCCGGUUGCCAUCAUCUUUAAGGCGAUGGGUAUUUCCUCCGAUCAGGAAAUAAUGCAACUGGUGGGAAUCGAUACGGAAACGCAGAAACGAUUUGCUCCCUCGCUACUGGAAACGGCUAACCACAAGGUUUACACCCAGCAGCGAGCACUCGAAUACAUGGGAUCGAAGCUGAUAGCAAAACGGUUCACCACGGCAGCCACGAAAUACAAGACCACGGCCGACGAGGCGAGGGAUUUACUGGCAACGACCAUACUAGCACACGUCCCGGUGCCGAACUAUAAUUUCCAGGUGAAAGCGAUUUACGUCGCUCUGAUGGUACGACGUGUGAUGGCUGCCGAACUGGACAAAUCGGCAGUUGAUGAUCGGGAUUACUACGGCAACAAACGGCUGGAAUUGGCUGGAUCAUUGCUUUCAUUGAUGUUCGAAGAUUUGUUCAAACGCUUCAACUGGGAGCUGAAAAUGAUUGCGGACAAAAACAUUCCAAAAAUCAAAGCUGCUCAAUUCGAUAUUGUAAAGCAUAUGAGAGCAGCUUUGAUCUCGACUGGACUGGAAACCGCGAUCUCAACGGGAAAUUGGACCAUCAAACGGUUCAAGAUGGAACGCGCUGGUGUCACGCAGGUGCUUUCCCGAUUGAGUUAUAUAUCUGCGCUGGGUAUGAUGACCCGUGUCAACUCGCAGUUCGAGAAGACUAGAAAAGUAUCCGGCCCUCGUUCGCUGCAGCCCAGCCAAUGGGGAAUGCUUUGUCCUUCCGAUACACCCGAAGGUGAGGCCUGUGGUUUGGUGAAGAAUUUAGCUCUGAUGACGCACAUUACAACGGAGGUCGAUGAGGAACCGGUUAUCCGUUUGGCGUACAACUCCGGUGUAGAGGACAUACGUUUGUUGGGAGGAGAGACAAUUAAUAAUCCGAAGGUUUUCAUGGUAUUCAUCAACGGUAACAUUCUGGGUGUUACCAUCGGGUACAAGAGAUUAGUGGAGGUGUUCCGUAUGAUGCGAAGGAAGGGACUGAUCGGCUCGUUCGUGUCAAUUCAUACAUCUUUUUCACAACGUUGCGUUUAUAUACACACCGACGGCGGACGGCUAUGCAGACCUUACAUUAUCGUUCAAAAGGGACGAUCAUUGGUUCAGCAAGAUCAUAUCGAACAGAUGAAGGUUGGCUUAAGAAAGUUUGACGAUUUUCUACAUGAUGGAUUGAUUGAGUAUCUGGAUGUUAACGAGGAAAAUGACUCGUUUAUUGCUUAUCAAGAAUCGGAUAUCGAUCCGGAAAAGACGACUCACUUGGAAAUUGAACCAUUCACACUGCUGGGCGUUUGUGCUGGCUUGGUUCCGUAUCCACAUCACAAUCAGAGCCCUCGAAAUACGUACCAAUGUGCUAUGGGUAAACAGGCUAUGGGCAUCAUUGGUUACAAUCAGAAAAAUCGCAUCGAUACUUUAAUGUACAACAUUGUUUACCCACAGACACCAAUGGUGCGGUCAAGGACGAUCGAAUUAACCAACUUUGACAAGCUUCCGGCAGGGCAAAAUGCAACGGUUGCUGUUAUGAGUUAUUCGGGUUAUGACAUAGAAGAUGCCUUGAUUCUUAACAAAGCCUCAAUCGAUCGUGGCUACGGUCGCUGUUUGGUGUACAAAAACAGCAAAUGCACCAUCAAACGCUACAGCAAUCAAACAUUUGAUCGCAUCAUGGGCCCGAUGAAAGAUUCGCUUACUAAUAAAAUAAUUUUCAAACACGAGUGUCUGGACACUGAUGGCAUUAUAUCUCCGGGAGAGAAGGUUGUGUCCAAGCAAACUAUGAUCAAUAAGGAAAUGCCGGCAAUGAAAUCGAUCAAUCCAAUCGAACAGAAGGAAGCUGGCCAGCAACCGAUCGCGUACAGCUCUGUUCCGAUCUCCUAUAAAGGAACUGAACCAAGCUACAUCGAGAAAGUUAUGGUUUCGACCAACAACGAGGAAGAAUUUCUUGUCAAAAUACUGCUUCGUCAAACCCGUCGUCCGGAAAUCGGUGACAAAUUUAGCUCACGACAUGGACAGAAAGGUGUCACCGGUUUGAUCGUUGAACAGGAAGACCUGCCGUUCAACGAUUACGGAAUGUCCCCCGAUAUGGUAAUGAACCCGCAUGGUUUCCCGUCUCGUAUGACGGUUGGUAAAACCUUGGAACUUCUUGGCAGCAAAGCUGGUGUUUUGGAAGGAAAAUUCCACUACGGCACCGCAUUCGGUGGAUCAAAAUGUCAGGAUUUACAGGACGAACUUUUCAAGAACGGUUUCAAUCAUCUCGGAAAGGAUGUAUUUUAUUCCGGGAUCACCGGAGAACCACUGGAAGUUUACAUUUAUUCUGGUCCAGUGUACUAUCAAAAACUGAAGCAUAUGGUUCAGGAUAAGAUGCACGCUCGAGCACGUGGUCCACGUGCGGUUCUAACGCGCCAACCCACACAGGGUCGUAGUCGCGAAGGAGGUCUACGUCUCGGUGAAAUGGAGCGUGAUUGCUUGAUAUCGUACGGUGCUUCGAUGUUGAUUAUGGAGCGUCUGAUGAUAUCUUCCGACGCAUUCGAUGUGGACGUGUGCAACGUUUGUGGCAGACUGGCAUAUUCUUCGUGGUGCCACAAUUGCCGGUCGUCUGCUAGCGUCUCGAAAAUCUCUAUGCCCUACGCAUGCAAGCUACUUUUUCAAGAACUCACCAGUAUGAACAUUGUUCCUAGACUGAAGUUGCAGAACUAUUAAAGUGAUAAUUUCCGUGUUAAAUUCGAAAUUAAAAUUAUAAUAUUUAAA